AUGACCACGCGAUCGGGAGUAGAUAGGGUUUCGACAGCGGAAGAAGCAAGACUCCAGAAGCGCAUAGACGUCCGUUUAGCAGAGAUUCGUUUACAGCUUGAGAAAUGCCGCCGAUCCCACGGCACAAUGUGUACCAGGCAAGGCAUGACUGGUAGUCAAGGUAGCGAUAUCGUCCUCAUCGAUGUCGAGGCAAUGCGGCUUGUUCGGACGACGACUCAAGUCCGAUAUCUUGCUCUCAGCUAUGUUUGGGGCGGCGUGCAGCAGUUCUACGCUACCAAAGCGAACAUAUCUGAGCUGAUGGAGAAUGGUGCGCUUCAGGGCUAUCUUGAUAAAAUACCGACUACCAUACGGCAUAGUAUGAAGCUGGCCUGCGGUCUGAAAAUUCAGUUUCUCUGGGUUGAUGCUUUAUGCAUCAUCCAGGACGAUCUCUCGCACAAGAAUGGCCAGAUUGCGCAGAUGGCUGCCAUUUAUAGCCAGUCUUACUUGACCAUCGUGGCAGCUGAGGCUACAGAUGCCACCUCACACCUCUCAAUUCUCAAAUCAUAUCCCCGGACUCCUAGUCGAUCACAAUACCUCGGAGCCCGAUCUAGAUGCGAACAGCUAGUCAGCCGGCUCCUAAACUCGACAUAUGGAAGUCGAGGGUGGACCUUCCAAGAACGCGUGCUAUCACCAAGAAUCCUCUACGACUUUGCCGAUCACGCGCUGCUACUAUGCCCAUCAGGGCUGUGGCUAAUGGACUCGGUAAGCCGCUGGCAAAAGGUCCAAGGAUACAGCAAAUCCUUCCGACAGCUAAGUCCGCUCGCCGGCUCGGUGAACUUUUUAGGAUCUGCACCUGAAUCACAGAGCUUUAAGCUCGAUUUAGCAACGCUUGAUACAUAUGCAUUGAUCGCUACAGAGUAUACCACGAAACAGCUGACUUACGAGUCAGACAUCCAACUUGCCUUCUGUGGCAUCGCUGAACGGUUAAGCCGAUGCCACCAACCGCCCCUGAGCUUUCUCUAUGGUCUGCCCGAGAGGUACCUGGAUUCUGUGUUAUUAUGGCAUCCUGCCACGUUGGCCAAGAGACGCAAGAUCGGCGGUCUUCCGAGCUGGUCCUGGAUGGCCUGGAUUGGGCCGAUUGGAUUCUCCUAUCACAUGUACAAUACCAGUAGUUGGACCGUGUUGGGUCCUUGUCCCUGCCCCUGCAUUGGACCUAUUGAGAUAUGGUCUCAAUCUGAAAAGCGGCUGAUGCAAAGGGAAUCUUGGGGUACGAUAAAUCCAAUUCUGGAGCCCUGCAAAAGUGCCGAGUGGUCUUCUGCGGACCUGACGUGGCCACAGGAGGGAGCAGGACAAGUUCUUCGGUUUAGAGCUUGGUGUAUGCCAUUCAAGGAGACCUUCACCUACAAAGACGCUAUGAUUGAGGCUCCCGAGACCUUGAGAAGGCUUAGAAAGAAACGGCUUUGUCCCGGUCUGAAGCUUUGGUCUGGUAAAAACCACUGCGUGGGUUGGGUGAUGGGAAUAUCUUCUCAAAUGUUGAAUCAGUACGAGGUGGGCAUUUGGCGGCUCGAAGUGGUUCUUGUCUCGCAAUGUGAUCCCCUUUGCAUGUUCUCAGAGAGGAUUGCUGCUGGGCAGAUGAUGUACGAGGCAUGCUGGAACCCGGGACGGUGCCAGGAUAUUGCCCGACCUCGGGCAAUAAGCGAUCAGGAACAAGAGUUUGAGACCGCGGAUCUGCCACAGACCUUUCGAGACGCCAUCAAGUUGGCGAGAGACCCGAAGAUAAACGUCCUCUAA